AUGUGGUCCUCCAACGACAGCACCGAAGUCGCGUUCCUGCCCAUCUACCUGGUCCUGGGGUGCGUUGCGGCUGCGAGCGCGGUGCGGCAUGGCCUUCGAGGCGCUCUCGGCCAUAUUUCGCUGGUCAUUUUCUGCGUGGUGCGCUUUGUGGGCAACCUCUUGCUGCUGAUUGCGGCACAUACGAGUGGUGACGUAAAGGGGCUCGUGAUUGCCGGCUUCAUUAUGCAGGGGCUGGGGUACAGCUUCCUGAUCACGGCCAUGCUCUCCUACUUGAGCCACCUGAUCCGCGACAUGGACCGCGCUGAAGCGGAGCCUGCCGAGAAAGAGGCGGGAGGGAAGCGGACGCGGAUCGAGCGCAUCCUGAACGUCGUCAAUAUCGUCGCGCUCGUCCUGUUGAUUGUUGGGUUCAACGAGUCGAUGGGCUCGAUCAGCACGUCGUCGGGCGCGCUGAAUAUGCAGGACCUCAACGUCAUGGUCAAGGUCGGCAAUAUCCUCUACCUGGCGCUUACGGUACUGCUUGCCGCGAUUGCUUUUAUGCACAUUCCCCGUAUCAGCACUUCACGCCAAAAGCUCUUGCUCUAUACCAUGAUCUCGGCGCUUCCUUUCAUGGUGGUCCGCUGCGUGUACACGGUGUAUGUUACGUUCCAAGGCAACCCACGCCACGGGAGCCUCGCGGCACGCAUCGUGUGCCAGUACGUGAUGGAGGUGAUUGUGCUGAUCGUCCUGGGCGUGUCCGGCCUGCUCCUUCCCCGGCAGGGCACGCCGCAUGCGAAUCCGUUGUAA